AAUCGGAUUAGGAGGAGAAUGUCUGUCGCACGAUACACUGUUUUUGCACUGCGGCAAAUUAAUGUUCAUUCAAAAGGUGCAUCCCAUUUAUUGACAUCAUGUAGAGUAUUACCUACAAUUAGUAUAUAUCCAGCCAGAAACAAUAGUUUUUUCAGACAUGAGGACAAUGACAGACUCUGGGCCAGUGUGACUGGAGUAAGUAAUACUGGGAAAAAGAAAGGAAGAGGAAAAAAACAAAGAAGCAUUAUCAACCUCCAUAAAGGUCAAAUAAUAGGAGAAGGAAGAGCUGGUAUGGUAUGGCCAGGUCUGACAUCAGAAACAAAAAGAGGAGAUGAAAUAAUAAAAAGAAGUCAACAUGGACCUAAACAGGAAUACUUUGACAACAUAAUCAAACAGAGAGGUGCUAAACAGACAUUCCGUUCUGUAAAACUAAUGCCUCUACAGCGAGGAUGGACAGGAACAACAAGGGCAGGAACAAGGUCAUACCCACCUGACCCUGUUGGUGAUUAUGAUUUUGAAGGAUUUGAAACCAGAAUUUUACAGCUAAAAAAAGUAACCAAUACAAGUGGAACUGUAAAAGCUGUGUUUAGGUUUUCUGCCAUGGUUGUUGUGGGUAACAAAAAUGGUAUUGGAGGUUAUGCUGUAGCAAAAGCUAAAAAAUGGGAUGCUGCCGUAAGAAAGGCAACUAAUCAAGCAGCUCAAAGAUUACAAUAUCUCCAUAGAUAUGAAGGUCAUACAUUGAAUCACAAUUUUUUCUCCCAACAGACAGCAACAAAAGUGUAUGCAUUUAGAAAAGAAGAAGGUUAUGGUUUAGUGUGUCAUCGAUGUUUAAAGACAAUCUGUGAUACAAUAGGAAUUCAUAAUAUGUAUGCUAAAGUUGAGGGGUCAACUAAAAAUAUUCAGAAUUUGACAAAAGCUUUUUUCAAUGGACUUAGAGAACAGGAAACUCAUCAAGAACUAGCUGAUCGGUUGAAGCUUCAUGUUGUGGAAAUAAGAAAAGAACACGAUUAUCUUCCUGUUGUUGUAGCCUCCCCUUGUGAUGGCGAAGUUACAAAAGAACCACCACCAAAAGAAGAGCUUAAUUUUGAAACAUUGUACUUUGAUGGCAAAAUGUCAUUGCAAAAAGGCAAAAAGAGACCAUUUUAUGCUGAGGAUGAAGGUCAUAAACGUGCUGAAAGACAUAGAAGAAUGUUUAGAAUUCAACAGAAGGCACGCCACGAAAGGAUGAUAUAUGACCUUGAACCACCAAUAAUGCCCAAAGAGGGCGAAGAAAGUUGAAUGUAUUGUUGAAAAAGUAAAUAAAUAUGUUUGAAUUUCCAUAUGUAUUUCAACUGUUAUUGGUUAGUUUGUGUUAGAUGUCACCCCAGCAGACUUGAACUUAGAUACUUUAAACUGAAAAUAAAACAUUUUACCAUUUAGCAAUAAUCCAAACUUGGGAACUUAUUCAUUUUUUUUGCAACCUGCAGAUAAUCAUUAUUUAUUUGUGUAAUUAUGGCAUUUUUUCCUUUUUCCUUUACCAGACAAUUUACAAUUCUGUGUUGCUAUCUGGAUUGUUAUAAUAGCAUAUCAAGUAGCUAAUUAGGCUCAAUAAGUGAAAGGUCAGUAUAUCCAUUUUUAUACGCCCAUUUACGGGACGUAUUAUGGUAUCCCGUUGUCAGUCGGUCCGUCGUCAACAUGUUGGACAACAACUCAAAAACACCCCAACCAAUUUUCAUGAAACUUUGAUGAAUUGUUUAUAUCUAUUGACAUACGCUCCCUUUCGAUUUUUAUAAAUUUAUUGAAUUUAUGUUUCCGAGUUAUGGGAUUUUUUUCAUAAAUAAAGGGGAAAUUUUCAUGUAUUUAGGACAAUAACUCAUAAAUGCUUUGAGCAGUUUUCAUGAAACUUUGAUGACUGGUUUAUAUCUAUUAAAAUAAGCUCCCUUUGGUUUUUAUAUAUUUCUGAAAUGACAUUGAGGAGUUAUGGAACUUCAUUGAAAAAUCUAAAAAUGUAUCAUGCGCUGAUGGAGCAGCUCUUUAUUAUCAUUUUCAUACAAAACAUUCAAAAGGAGUUGAUCUAUCUGGCCACCAUACCAUUUACCUUGUCAAAAUUUAGGUUACUCUAUUGUUUUUGUGAUAAAGUAAAAGAAUAAAAUCUUCUGACAUUAAAAACUAUAUUAUGACCCAUAUAUUUAAGCUUAAUUUGAAAAUUUGUCUUGAAUUUCUUGUUUAAAAUUUGUAAAAUGAUCCAAUUGAAUUAAAAGUAAUCUUUUGAAAAAAUUGGUAUAUAAUAUGCCUAUUUAGUAUCUGUCUGAAAAACACUUACUCAGAGUCUGAGAAUACAUGAAAAAAUUAUACUAUGUAAAUCUUUAAAAAUGAUUUUAUAAUUGAUUUAAAGCAUUGUUUUUUAAAAUUGAAAUGUUUUGAUAUUAAAAAUGUGUGUCUUAAUUCAUUGAAGUUUAAAAAAGCACAGUUUAAACAAGGAAAACAAGUGAAUAAAUAUAUUACAAAAAACAGUCAACCAGAAUAAAAAAAAAAACUAAAAAUCAAAUAUUUAAAAAUUUGUAUACUUGUAUACCUUAGCCAUGUAAGCCCUAAGCUUAAAUUUUAAAAAUUCUAUUUGGUUUGAUAUGUGCAGCCAUUUAUAGAUCUCAUUAACACUGUGUAUCAUCGCCACCGGAAAUUGGGUACUAACCAAGCGGAGAACAAUGGAAAAAAAGGGUAAACAAGGUAAGAAUUCAUUCAAUUUAAAGCAUUUCUACUGAUUUGACGAGGGUACCGCUUAAGAAAUGAUUUUCUAAUAUAGAAUUCUUUAAAUUAUUAGGCCGAUAAGUACAAAAUUAAGAGAAGAUUUUGUGUUAUACUCCAAAACUUGCCACUUAGUACCUGAAAAUUUUGAGGUCGAUCCUCCUUUGUCGCCCCAUUGGCAAGAUAUUCAACUUUUUUUUUAUUAUUUUGCCAGACACACCAGUGGCGUAGCUAGACUAUUUUUAAGUGUAUGCCCUAACCUCGGCAAGGGUCUUGAGGGCCUCAAUAGGAUCCAGAUUAUAACACCUACUAUAGUAGUGGGGUCGAGGGGGGAAGGCCCAUUUCUGUCAUUAAAAACUAAUCAAUAGCAAGUUGAACAUAGAGACUAUUUUUUUUUAAUCUUUUAUGUUUAAUUUAUUCAUUGUGUUGAUUGUUUGGAAUCUUAUGGUCAUUGGUGUUAGAAAUAUCCAAACCAGUUAGUUUAAAAUAUGUUUAAAAGGAACAGUGGGGUAAAGCAAUUACUCUACCAAAACCCCUUUUGUGCAAAUGUCGUUAAUGGAUAUGAAAUGAUUAAUUUGCAUAGAUGGUCCAGGAACACAGUUAUUGUCUUUUGAAUAUAGACCCUAGUGUGGACAGUGUGUUACCUGGUUACUUGCCAAUCUUUUUAUACUACUUCCAAAUUUAUUUCUUCAUGUUUUAUGCCUCAAAUAGCAAGAAGGGGGGUGAAGUUACACUGUAAAAAAAAUUGGGUCAUGAAUUUUAAAUUAAAGUAGUGAUUUGGUCCAGCUGAAAAAGGUUAAAAAUUAACAUUUCGGAAGCUGUCAAAAGAUUUCAAGACCCCCAUAACAUAAAAUUGUCCAUAUUUUUAGUUAGAGCCUAUGAAGUUUUCUAUGAUUUUGAUAUGAUUUGUCCCAAAAGUAGUACAACACACUGUAAAAAUAUUGUUGAGAAAGCGCAGGUGGGAUUUUUUUUUUAUUUUCAUUUAUCGUCUAAAGAAAUGCACUACGAAAUAACUGUGUUCUCGGACCAGAUGUUUAGUUGCAUUAUGGAAAUUCGUAAAGAGUUCCGAAGAAACGUGGUUCUCGCCUGGGAUUACCGCUUCCCGCGAAAAUUGAGUCCAUUUAUCAGUCCAUUACAGGAUUUUAGAUAAUCAAACAUUUUCUUGAGAUGUUUUUUUUUCUUGAUCUGGAAUAUUAACCUCUGUCCAAGUUUCAUGACAAUAUCUAAACGUUUUCAAAUUGGUCAUGUAGAAAAUAAUAAUCACAGACCGUCUGUUAAUUGCCAAAAGAUAAGUCCGUAUAUCAAUUGAAAAAUGAAAAAAAUAUACUUUCAAAAUUUUGCUUCAGACAUAAAUCACAAAAAAGCUUAUGCCAAAGUUUCAUAAAAUUCGAUGAAGGUUUGACAAAGUCAUUGAAGUGUAACAAACUUUAACCACAUAAUGUAUCUACUUGUUAACUCCAAAAAGAAAUUCUUUUUAUCAGUAAAAUACGGGAAAAUUAAAAAUAUGAAUUCAUCAUUAUGCUCUGAAUACUCUUUUGAGAAUGAAAAGCUUCUGUUCAACUUUCGUAAAAUUUCAUGAAG